AUGCCCCCGGGAUACAAUGCCAAAGUGGGAAAUCUGCAGACCUUCACCCUCCCAGCCGAUGUUACAGACACCCCAGGCCACCGCGCGAUGGGACGUGCGAUGAUUCAGACAUGGCGACAGGAAGGCAUCCUGCAGAUCUCCACCGACAGCGAAGGACAGCAGCUGCAGCAGCAGGCAAUGGAGGCGAGUCGUCGGUUUUUCCGUCGGCCAUCGCAUGAGAAGGCAGCGUGUGUGGAUUCGCAGAGUUAUGCCGGGUACAUUGCCUCGGGGGAGGAGAUCACCGACGGGAUUGCAGACUACUCCGAGAUCUUCACCGUGCUGAAAGAUCUACCCCCUUCUGAUCCGCGGGUGCAGGCGCAAUGGCCCUGCCACGGUCCCUGUCCGUGGCCUCCCCCUUUUCCUGACCGAGAGACGACGACGACGAUGAAGGCGCCAAUCGAGGCGUAUAUGACCUGGCUGGGCAGGCAGGGCGAGCGUCUCCUCCGACUGAUUGAAUAUGGCCUAGGAGUUUCCGAGGGCUCUUUGACGAGAUAUACUCGGGAUGGAUGGCAUCACCAGCGUGUCCUGCGGUUUCCUGCGCGCAACGCGACAAACGGCAGGGGGAAGACGGGACGAGGCAUUGGUUCACAUACUGAUUACGGCUUAUUAGUCAUUGCAUCUCAAGACGACGUGGGGGGCCUCUUCAUCCGUCCCCCUCGUCAAGACGAAGAGUUUGCCAACUGGGAAAAAAGCGCUGCAGGUUUGCGAGAGGAAGAUGAUGGAUGGGUUUAUGUCCCGCCGGUGCCUGAUGUGCAUACUGUCUUCCUAGGGGACAUGAUGCAGUAUCUGACGAAAAACCAUUUGACAGCAACACCGCAUAAGGUCGGCCUGAAUACACGCGAACGCUUCGUAUUUGCCUAUUUCCACGAGCCCAACUUCGCCGCCGUGCUCAAACCGCUGGAUGGAAGCGAGGGCGCUCUACAUUACGGGACGCAUUUCACCAACAUGUUUAUGCGCAAUUACCCAGACAGAAUCACCACCCAGAGACUGGUGCGGGAGAAUCGCUAUGACAAGCUGGCAGAGAGGGAACUGCGCUGCUACAGUUGA